GGUACUGGUGCUCGAAGACCCGCCCUCCCACGUUCCCAUUGAGCCAGUUUAGGGAUCAGAUCUGUUUUAUUUUUUAUAUAAAAGUUGUUUGAGUUAGUUUAGUUCAUUUAUUUAUUUUUUGAUAGUUUGGUAGUUGUUUUGGUAUUUUGUUCCUUUUUUGGGAAUCUUGUUUGCAUCCCGCACAGUAGGUGGCCGAAUGCACAUUAAAUUGUGCGAUCGCUAAUAUAACAUAGAAGAACUACAAUAACUACAGUAAGUACAAUGUAUGGUUCUGAAUCACAAUUCGAAAGUAACGCGUACCAAAUUCACCACGUGAAUGGUGUGCUUGGUAUGAUGAUUUCCACCUUUUAAUCGGUUGAUUGUAGUGUAAACGGUUUCGGGUUUCUGCAACAAAUACUUUUUUGUUGAAAUCGAAAGUAAAUCUUUUGAAUGACGCAGAGGAUCUGACUGCUAAACUACCAGGCGGAGGACAUGCUGCUGGGUGUUGGCAUCUAAGGUGUGACCCACUGCCUCUAAAAGGAGUCUCUCUGGGGAGAGAGAGGAGGGGACCACUGCCUCUAAAAUGAGCCGCCCUGGGGAGAAAAAGGAGGGGACCACUGCCUCUAAAAUGAGCCACCCUGGGAAGAAAAAGGAGGGGACCACUGCCUCUAAAAUGAGCCACCCUGGGAAGAAAAAGGAGGGGACCACUGCCUCUAAAAUGAGCCUCCCUCAAGACAUCAGGUCUGAGAGUGUCCAGCAGCACCGAGCAGAGUCACCUACACCCAGCCUGUUAUCAAUGAAGAGUGACAACUCAAUGUUUCUUCCACCUACUUUCAACCAGGAAACACAAACAGUUGACAAAGGAGUCAGAAAGAGAGCAGAGUCACCUACAUCCAGCCUGUUAUCAAUGAAGAGUGACAACUCAAUGUUUCUUCCACCUACUUUCAACCAGCACCCCCUAAAUGACAAAAGUGGGAUAACAAUAGACCUGUGUGAAAGAGGGCCAAAGGAUCAAGUAUCCAUCCCCUGUGGACACAGUUACUGCAAGCAGUGUAUAAGCGUCUUGGUCUCACCUAAACCUCUCCAACAUCAACACGCAGAGUCAAGUCACUACUAUGCUGGACCUGGAGAUGUGGCCUGUGAUCUCUGCACUGAGAAAAAGCUCAAAGCUGUGAAGUCCUGUCUGAUCUGCACUGCCUCCUAUUGUGAGAGCCACGUAAGGCAGCAUUACACAGUAGCAGCACUGCAAAAACACACCCUGGUGGAGGUGACAGGAAACCUGGAGCAGAAACUCUGCCAGCUGCACCAUAAAGCUCUGGAAGUCUUCUGUAAGACCGACCAGAUACUCAUCUGUAAUAUGUGUGCCGUGGAGGACCAUAGAGGCCACAGAAAGCGCUACAUAGAGAUCCCCAUGUUGUUGGACACUUCAUCUCUACUAGGUCAGUCACUGAAAAACAUGAGUGAUUUGAAUCUCUUCAAAAAUCAUCUGAUCCAUUGUUACCCAGAGUGCUUUGAGACCCAGCUGGACAAUGAAGAUGUUCAAGAUUUGGUUGAGAAGAUGCUGGAGAGUUUUGGAACCGAGGGUGCCUUGAAGAUCACACUGAACUUUCUAGACAUACGAAAUAAAACUCUUUGGAAAGCCAGAGAAAUUAAAACUAAACUGGGGCAGAAGUUUCAACAAAUAUUUGAAGGAAUUGGACACAAUGGAAAGCAAACUCUCUUAAAUGACAUAUACACGGAGCUCUACAUCACAGAAGGUGGAAGUGGAGAGGUCAAUAAUGAACAUGAGGUGAGACAUAUCGAGACGGUUUCUAAGAAACAAACCACACAAAAGACCGCAAUCAAAUGCAACAACAUCUUCAAAAGGUUACCUGGACAAAGAAAACCUAUCAGGACUGUGCUGACCAAAGGAAUCGCUGGCAUUGGAAAAACAGUUUCUGUGCAGAAGUUCAUCCUUGACUGGGCAGAGGGAAAAGCAAAUCAAGAUAUUCAUUUCAUAUUUCCUCUUCCUUUCCGUGACCUUAACCUGAAAAAGGGUCAAUAUAGUCUGAUGCAACUUCUGCAAUACUACUGCCCAGAUCUUAAAGAUAUUGACAGCAUUCAGUGUGGUGAAAUCAAAACUCUUUUCAUUUUUGACGGUCUGGAUGAGUGUCGACAUCCUCUAAAUUUCCAGAACAAUGAGGACUUGUAUGACAUCACAGAGCCAACCUCAGUGGAUGUGCUGCUGACAAACCUCAUCAAAGGGAAUCUGCUUCCCUCUUCUCAUCUCUGGAUAACCACACGACCAGCAGCAGCCAAUCAGAUACCCUUUGAGUGUGUUGACCAGGUGACAGAAGUAAAAGGUUUCAGUGACCCACAGAAGGAGGAGUACUUCAGGAAGAUAAUUGGUGAUGAGGACCUGGCCAGCAGAAUCAUCACACAGAUGAAGACAUCAAAAAGCCUCUACAUCAUGUGCCACAUGCCAGUCUUCUGUUGGAUAUCAGCCACUGUCCUUGAAACAAUGCUAAAAGAAACAAAGAAUGUCAAAGUCCCCAAAUCUCUGACACAGAUGAACACUCACUUCCUGCUCAUCCAAACCAGUGUGAAAAACAAAAAGUACAACAAAGCCACAGAGAAAAACCCUAAGAAACUGUCUCAGUUAGACAAAGUCAUGAUCCUUAAACUUGGAAAACUGGCUUUCCAACAGUUGCAGAAGGGUAACCUUAUCUUCUAUGAGGAAGACCUGACAGAGUGUGGCAUCGAUGUCACAGAGGCAUCAGAGUACUCAGCCUUGUGUACAGAAAUGUUUAAAGAUGAAUGUGGGCUAUACCAAGACAAGGUCUUCAGCUUUGUGCAUCUGAGCAUUCAAGAGUUUCUGGCAGCACUAUAUGCUUUAGAGUCAUGGCUGGGGAAGUCUGAAAAUGUGUUUGAUGAAUCAUUCAAGUGUGACAAGUUGUCUGACUUACACAUGAGUGCGGUGGACAAAGCCUUGCAGAGUAAAAAUGGACACCUGGACCUGUUCCUUCGAUUUCUUCUGGGCCUCUCACUGGAGUCCAGUCAGAAUCUCUUAAAGGGCCUUCUGACAAGGAGAGGAGGUCAAACACCGAGCAUUGAGGAAACAUUCAAGUACCUUUCGGACAAGAUUAAGAUGGAAUCCUCACCAGAAAGGAUCAUCAACUUGUUCCACUGUCUGAAUGAACUUGGGGAUAACUCUGUAGUUGAAGAGAUCCAGACCUCCCUGCGAUCAGGAACUCUUUCAGAAACAAAGCUCCAACCUCACCAAUGUUCAGCCCUGGCCUUUGUGUUACUGAUGUCAGAGGGGGUGCUGGAUGAGUUUCACCUGAAGACGUAUAACACAUCAGUGGAAGGUCGUCUGAGGUUGCUGCCAGUAGUGAAAACCUGCAAGAAAGCAUCCCUAAGUCAGUGUGGUCUGACAGAGGGUUGCUGUUCAGAUCUGGCCUCAGUCCUGUGUUCAACCAACUCACAACUGAAACAACUGGAGCUGAGAGACAACGACCUGCAGGACUCAGGAGUUACACUGCUUUCUGAUGGCCUGGCAGAUCCAAACUGUAAACUACAGAAACUAGGUCUAGGUCAAUGUGGUCUGACAGAGGGUUGCUGUUCAGAUCUGGCCUCAGUCCUGAGGGCACCCAACUCGCAACUGAAACAACUGGAGCUGAGAGACAACGACCUGCAGGACUCAGGAGUUACACUGCUUUCUGAUGGCCUGGCGGAUCCAAACUGUGAACUGCAGACACUAGGACUGUCUGGCUGUGAAGUCACAGAGGAGGGCUGUGCUGCUCUGGCUUCGGCUCUGAGGUCAAACCCCUCCCACCUGAGAGAGCUGGACCUGAGCUACAAUCACCCAGGAGACUCUGCAGGGGGACUGCUUUCAGCUGGUCAAGGGGAUCCCACAUGCAAACUGAUGAAGCUGAGUGUGGAUCACGGUGCAGAGUGCAGGCUGGUAUCCGGGCUGAGAAAAUAUGCCUGUCAGCUCACCAUGGACCCAAAUACAGCAAACACACACCUGUUACUCUCUGAGGAGAACAGGAAGGUGACACGGGUGGACAAGGAGCAGCAUUAUGAAGACCAUCCAGACAGAUUUAAAUGGCAUCCCCAAGUUCUCUGCGGAGAAGGCUUAUCUGGAUCUCGAUAUUACUGGGAGGUGAUGUGGGAUAGUGGAGAGCCUGACAUUGGAGUGACUUACAAAGGAAUGAGUCGGAUGGGAUGGGGGUCUGACAGUUGGAUUGGACAAAAUACCAAGUCCUGGAGUUUGAACUGCGCUGGUAAAGGUUACUAUUACUUUUACAAUGCAGGAGAGAAUAUCACAUUCAUCCGCGGUCCUGUUUUGCACAGAGUUGGUGUGUAUCUUGACUGGCCAGCUGGUACGUUGUCCUUCUAUAGUGUGUCCUUUGGUAAACAGAAACAUCUUCACACAUUCUACACCACAUUCACUGAGCCCCUCUAUCCUGGGUUUUGGAUUUAUCCAGACUCUUCCUUGUCUACAUGUAACCGAUGUGAAAUGGCUAGUUAGUUAGCGGUGGUGCGCGCUAAUAGCAUUUCAAUCAGUGACGUCACUCGCUCUGAGACUUGAAGUAGGGUUUCCCCUUGCGUUGCAAGGGCCGCGGCUUUUGUGGCGCGUUGGGUAACGAUGCUUCGUGGGUGUCAGUUGUUGAUGUGUGCAAGGGUCCCUGGUUCGAGCCCAGGUUGGGGCGAAGAGAGGGACGGAACCUACACUGUUACAUACAUAAGUAGGGGUGCUGCAGCUAUCCCUGAUAAAUAUAAAUCAUUUUCAAAAAAGUUAUAGUAUAUAAGUAAAAAUAUUACCCAAAUUAUAUUUAUCCUGUCUGAACAGACCAAUAAAACUCAUUAAAAAUACUAAACCAGAGAGAAAAAAAUCAGAGGAUUAAAAGCAUCUAGAAAGUUAGCUGUGGAUUUUAUCAUAAGCACUUCCAGUCAGGAAGGCUGCAAUUUAUGCAGCACACCCAGCAAAUAUAGAACAGCUUGUUAUGGGGUGGCAGGUAGCCUAGUGGUUAGAGCAUUGGGCCAGUAACCGAAAGGUUGCUAAAUCGAAUCCCUGAGCUGACAAGGUAAAAAUCUGUUGUUCUGCCCCUGAACAAGGCAGUUAACCCACUGUUCCUAGGACGUCAUUGUAAGUAAGAAUUUGUUCUUAACUGACUUGCCUAGUUAAAUAAAGGUUAAAUUUAAAAAAUGACGUUGUCAAUGGGACUGCCAUCAAUGGAUUAUAAUUCUAUGGUUGGUUGCGGCUGUCAAUUUGCCUUAAACAAUUUUUUUUAAAUAUAAUAGCGACAAAAAAACAUACCAUUUGGAAAUCAAAUGCCUACUGCUGAAAAUAGAAGACUACUCUGUCUGUAGAAGAUACAAAACAGCUUUUGAGCUAUUUCUGAACGAACAGCACUGUUUUUCAAAGUAGCUUAUCUUGAGACAAGCUAUUGCAGUGUUUCCCAAACUUGGGGGUCGCCUGAUUAUAAAAUUGCACUUCGUUCAUAGAACCGGGGUUACCUGAGUAACCUCCUGUAGUCACAAAAUAUGGUUUUUAUUUUUUUAUUCCUAGAAAUGUGGAUCUAACUUAACAGUUUAAGCUACAAAACAUUAUGACCCUAUCACUGAAAGCUAAUACUCUCAGGAACACAUACAUACAGUGAGGGGAAAAAGUAUUUGAUCCCCUGCUGAUUUUGUACAUUUGCCCACUGACAAAGAAAUGAUCAGUCUAUAAUUUUAAUGGUAGGUUUAUUUGAACAGUGAGAGACAGAAUAACAACCAAAAAAUCCAGAAAAACGCAUGUCAAAAAUUUUAUAAAUUGAUUUGCAUUUUAAUGAGGGAAAUAAGUAUUUGACUCCCUCUCAAUCAGAAAGAUUUCUGGCUCCCAGGUGUCUUUUAUACAGGUAACGAGCUGAGAUUAGGAGCACACUCUUAAAGGGAGUGCUCCUAAUCUCAGUUUGUUACCUGUAUAAAAGACACAAUGUGUACAAAACAUAAAGGAACACCUGCUCUUUCCAUGAAAUAGACUGACCAGAUGAAUCCAGGAGGAAGCUAUGAUCCCUUAUUAAUGUCACUUGUUAAAUCCACCUCAACCAGUGUAGAUGAAGUGGACAAGACCGGAUAUAGAAGGAUUUCUAAGCCUUCAGACAAUUGAGACAUGGAUUGUGUAAGUGUGUCAUGCAGAAGGUGAAAGCUGGUGCAACUAUAUUAGGAAGGUGUUCCUAAUGUUUUGUGCACUCAAUGUAUAUAUUCCUCUUAAUAUUGUACAAUCUGUAUGUUUGUUCAUUGGCCUGGGCUAUUGGUUUGCAUUCAAGUCCAGGUUGUUUUUAUUGCUCUGUUUCACUGUCAGAGUAGCCACUCAUUUCGGUCGUUUUUCUGGUAUUAGAAGACAUUAACAAAACGAAAAAAUUAUCAUGUAAAUUACAUAGAAUUGCAUUUCUUUUUUUCUCCAGAACCUGAUUUUUUGGGUGGAAAUCCUAAAAAACCCUCUGCUCAACUGUAUGCCACUAUGCAAAUGUGAUUAUAGAUGCAUUUUAUAAUGCGAUUAUAGGGAAUUUCAACUCAAAACAUUCUUCCCAAGGCUAUGCUUGUCUACCCAGACACAUUCAUGUUUGCAAGAAAAAGUUUCUGAUUGUAAAUAAAAGCCGAUUUUGUACGAUA